UUUGAUCUUUUGCAUUUUGCUUUUGUUUUUGUGUUUUUGUGAUUAGGGGCAGCGGCGUAGCCGUUGGGGGGGGGGGCUUCAAAUUACUGUUAUAAAAGAGUGCCAAAAAGGCAAAAGGAAAUGAUAUAAUGCUGAGUAGCCGUAUAGGAGCUCUGUAAUUAGAAUGCCUACUUUAAACAAUUAUCUAAAAAUGUAAAUAUUAUCUUUUUCGGACUCUAAAUUCCUUUACAUACUGGUAAAGAAAACUAUGUGCCCGUUUUCCCUUUCCAGGAGAAAAGUUGUGAACUCCUGAGCUCCUUUAUAGAAAACAAUCCGGGCUAUCCCGCUCAUAAAUUAUGCUUGUCAUACAUGUCAUAGACAUAGGUAGAUACAAAUUAAUGUACUUUCUAUGGAUGAAUUCAUGAAGAAUUGAGUUUGCCUUAAUAUUCGAGACACUUUAAUAAUUCAUUUCUUAUAGCCCCUCCCCCUUCUUUCAAAGAUGAAAGAAAAGUUACUAUAUUCCUGAAACCACAGGCACCGGUUUAGUCAAUGGGCGAGUGGGACCGGGUCUUGUCAAAGUGCACAUUUCGAGUUUUCUUAGUACUUGCACUUUCAGCGUUCAUACAUGUUUAUUACAUUUUAACCAAAACUGAAUGAAGCUGCCACCAUGGACGCACAGCAAAGCCUGACGGAAGAGCAAAACGCGACUGUUGAAACCUAUUGCCAUGGGAUCGAUAAAUUUAUGGUAAAAUUCAAAGAAAGUCGAGAUUUAGAGGCUCUUACCUCCAUCGAGGAGUGGAACGUACUCGGCAUGAUUUACCAUCUGAAAACUGGGGACGCCAAAUCGGCUAUUAUCAAAUACUUGGUCUGUCAUGACGAAAUCUUUGAUAUAUUUACGCUAUUUUGGAAGAACCUUGUGAAGGGAAAAUUCUCAAUUUUUCUCAAGUUGAAGAAGAAGAAGAAAUUGUUAGCUCUGUUGAAUAUUAUUGGUAAUCUAACUGAUUGUUCGGAUGAGUUCAACUAUGCCUUUGGUAAUAAGGGACUCCUAACUUUGCUCUUUCGCGAUCUCAAGACGAGAACUCUCGGCGACACCCUUAUUUGUUACGCACUGAAGAUCAUCUAUAACAGUUGUUGGAGAGUUCCCGAGAACAGAGUGAUAUGUCGAGAGUUCGUUGAUACCCUCCAGGAGUAUUCACAAUCGACGAGCCCUGAGAUUCAGGCCAUUGCCUUCUUGGCGCUUUCCUACAUCGUCGAUAAAUCAGAAGUUCAUAAGAUUUCCCUGAAUGAACCGUGUCUGAAAUUCCUCCUACACGCUCUUAGGUCGGCCAUGAGUGAACCAGAUGGCCGAUCUCGGGUCUACUUCUACUCGACAUUCGAGGUCCUUCAAGGACUCAACCAGCUGGCCAUCAACGACUGCAAUAAGCUUCUCAUCGUAGAACUUGGUGGGAUAGACGUCCUGGAGCGAAUCCUGAUGGAAGAAGGAUCGAGCAACGAAGAAAAGCUUUGGGCUGCCCGAGGAAUAUGGCAACUGGCUUUCAAAGAAGAGAACAAAGUCAAGAUACGUCAACGCACAACACUCCUCCACACGCUGAAGAAGAUCAAGGAAACGACUAAAGAUUCUGAUGUGAAGGAAGCCUGCUCGGGCGCACUCUUCGUCAUCAAUGAAGUGUUCGACAUCGAUGACGAGUUCAAAGGUCACACGGUGAAGAGUGAGGUAUCGUCUGGUCAUGUGGAGGGUCAUAUUAUGAUUAGCUACCAGCAUGCAAGCCAGGAGCGAAUGCUGCGAGUCAAGCGCCAUCUGGAAGAGUCUGGAUACAACGUAUGGAUGGAUGUGGACAAAAUGAAAGGUGAUAUACUGGAUUCCAUGGCCAAGGCAGUCCAGAGAGCUUCGGUCGUACUGGUUUGCAUGAGUCGUAAAUUCAAAGAGAGUCAACACUGCCGCACAGAAGCGACUUACGCCUACACCCUAAAGAAAGACAUAAUUCCCCUGAUGCUUCAAGAUCAAUUCACAACAGAGGACUGGCUUGGUGCCCUAAUGGGAAUGAAGAAGUAUUACCCUAUGUUUUCAGACGAUCUCAUGAGACAGUGCCUACCCGAUCUGGUCUCUGAGCUAAGCGAUAGAGGCAAACGUGAGAAACUAGAUCUGGCUUUGCCGUUGCUUGAUAAAGUCACAGGUGCAAGCAAUCUAACAACCCAUGGACCACCGGAAAACGACGUAGACCGCAGUGGAGGAAUCAAAGAUGACAAACCAACAGCCAAUGAAGACGAGGGGAAUUCCCGCAUGCAGACAUCGGUAGAUCUGGUCCAGUGGGAUGAAGAUGUAGGAGAAUGGUUGAGAUCGCAUGGUAUUGAUAUGAGCAAGGACAUCUUCAAGAAAGUGGAAGGAAUCCGCCUGAAGCAGAUCAAGAAACUACUAAACCUGGCUCCAGAAUUUUGCCUGACGUCUCUGAAAGACGAACUGGGUCUUAGCUUGCGGGUCGUCCUCUCGCUAGUAGAUGCGUUGGAGAAGCUCUCAAUUUGAAGAAUCAGUCAUGCACCAUUCAUUAAUAGAUGCAAAUAGGAGAUGUUAAUGCCGAAAGGAUUACAAUGAGAGUGGCGCUGCAAGGAAGUGAGCACCGUCUUCACCAUUACAAUUCUCAAAAAUAUUUUCAAAGCAACGAACAACAGGGACAGAAUAACGUUUAAUAGAACCUCUGAUAAAUUGAUGCAUUUGUCUGAACAUUAAUCAGUGCUAAUUUGAUAGGCAUUUUUAUUUAUCUACUGGGAUGGUAUGAGAGGUGAUAUCCCCACGUAAAACAAGAGAAAGAGAGAGAGAGAGAGAGAGAGAGAGAGAGAGAAUACGGAGGAAGGAAAUGAAUGUUCACAUUCUGUACCAAAGGUUUUUUUUUGUGUUUUUUUUUUGUUUGAUUGAUUUUAUUUCUGCGUUCAAAAAUAUAC